AGACGCAUCUGAAUGAAACUGGCUCGUCGGCGGCGGACAUUGCGGUUCCAAGUAUCUCCCGUCAUCGAGGAGUGACCUUCCCUGGGCGGGAGCCCGAAUGUCUCCAGUUCCGCCGCCGCUCUGUUGAAGAAGCACUAGAUGCGAAAGCAGCGCCAUUUCUGUCGGCGUCCAUGAUAGGCGCUGCUACCGCAGCAGAUUCCAGAGCUCGAGCUCGGAACGGCAGCGGGAGAGAAGUAGCCGCUCCCCUUUCGCCGCUUCCCUACUCCCAGGCCACGGCAGACUGUGCUGGUGAACUAGAGCCGCUCUCAUAAUGGACCUCUCUGCCUGAGACAGAAACACGUCUUGUGUUUUGCUCAGCAGCUGGGAGCUUUCAGCAGCCAUGCCUCACCAGUAAAAUCCCUCUUUUUUUUUUUUCCUUUUUUUUUUUUUGCUUAAAGCAAUAAAAACCCAACACCAUCCUACAUGCCUCCCCAUGUAGAGCCCCUUACUUACAUCCUACUGGAGUGACGCCCCCCCCUCCUCGUCCAGAUAGGCUCUGCCUCGUCCUUCUGUUGUUGUCCACCUCCUUCCCUUCAGUAACUACCCAUCAUGAGGCUGCUGUGCCAGAAAAUGGCCUACACCUGAGGUCCCAUGCGUCCAGUGAGCACCGAUUCGGACGGUCCCGCUCCUCCUGAGAACCUCUCUUGCCCUUACCCCAGUGUGGGAGCUCUGUCUGCUUCAGAGAUGUCCUUGCUCCAGUCUCUCGGGCCGGUACAAAGCUGGCUCGGCCAGGAGCUCGAGAAGUGUGGGAUAGAUGCCAUGAUCUAUACCCGCUAUGUUCUUAGCCUCCUCCUGCAUGACAGCUAUGACUAUGACCUGCAGGACCAGGAAAAUGACAUCUUCCUGGGGUGGGAGAAGGGAGCCGGGAAGAAGUGGGGCAAGGGCAAGAAAAAAGGAGGGACCGACCUGAGUCUAGAGGAGAUAAAGAAGCAAGCCGCAGUGCAAUGCCUUCGUUCUGCAUCUGAUGAAAACUCUGGAAUUGAGAGCCUGGUUGAGGAGCUCUGCUCCAAACUUAAGGACAUCCAAAACAAACAGAAAGAAGAGAAACGGAUUCAAAAGAAAUCGGAUGGCUGUCAGUCACCAGAGCGUGCCGAGUCGCCCUCUUCUAAGGACCAGGUGGAAAUGUAUUAUGAAGCAUUUCCCCCUCUGUCCGAAAAGCCUGUUUGUCUCCAAGAGAUCAUGACGGUGUGGAACAAGGCCAAGGCCUGCACUUACUCCAGUUCAUCAUCCUCUGCAGCUCCACAAACCAGCACAGACACAUCUUCCCCCAAAGACUGCAACAGUGAUGGUGAGGCUGCUAAAGAGCGAAACCUGGAGGCGUGUAGUACCAUCCCUACUGCGACCAGUGAGAGAGGUCAGCAACGCCGGGGCAAGAAGGAGAAAGAAAACCGAGGCCAUGGCGGUGCGGCAGCGGAGGAAAAGUCCAUCAGCCACUCCAAGAGACAGAUGAGACACAGAUCUGAAGGCAAAUACCGACCCAGAUCCUGGUCUUCUGGUUCCAGCGAGGAAGGCUCCAGCUCCAGUGGGAACCAGGCUGACACGAAAUCAUCAAGAAGCAAAACCGUUAGAGUAAGGCACAAAUCCAGGGAGGCUGCAAAGAACAAGAAGACACGCAACAACGGGCAGGUGAAGCUGCAGAUGAAAGUUGGCGAUAAGGAGGAAAGAAGAAAUGCGGGGGUGCGCGGUAGCAGCGCGACUGGCGGAGCUGCUAAACAACCACAGCUUUACAAGAGAGGAAAGAGGCCGCUAAAGGAGAUUCGUAAAGAGCUUGGCUGGCUGGAAGUCAGAGAGUCUGCAGUGGAGGCCAGAAACAAAAAGGAGUACAAGGAGGAGCCGCUUUGGUACACUGAGCCCAUCACUGAGUACUUUGUACCAUUCAGCAGCUGUCAAAGUAAGCUGGAAACAAAAUAUCGCAGCAAGGUUAGCUCUCCUGAUGGCUUCGGCUUCUCUGCAGAUAUGGACAGGCUACCAGAAAAAAUCCAGGGAAUCUGCAUCGCCAGCGAGAACUACCAGCGGACCUACUUAGCGGCGGGCUCGUUUGUGGACGGGCACUUUGUGGAAGCGUCCGGCGAUGCGGACGAUGAAGCUGCUGACCUCAAUGAAACUUCCUGCUGCCCUCAGCCAGAAGAUAGUAGAGAUUUAGAUGACAAGCAUCUGUCUGAAUUCACCGACUUCUAUGAAGUUGACAUUUAUCAAUCCAUAUUGGAUACUAGUGCCUCAGAUGCGAUACAAGAGAGUCGGAUCUUAAGCCUGAUUCGACAGAAAAGCAAAGAACAAGGAGAAAACGAGGCAGAAUGCUGUUUGGUGUUAGACGGCCUUGAGCAGCAAGGGGGAAGUGCAAUACAGGCAGAGUCACAGGAAGCUUCGGGAACCGUUGGGUUUCUAAUGGACGACCUAGAAAACAUGGUACAAGUGUGGGGCUGUUACUCACAGUCUUCUUCCGAAGAUGUAGAUGGCGAAGGUUUCCUCGGAGAUUCUCCUGUUCGGCUCUCUCCUCUGCUGGACAGUGUCUCAUUGACCCUGAGCAAGCUCUCUAGACCUCUGGAAGAACCGCCAGUACCUGAAGCUCCCAGCGAGCCAUCUGGAUUGGAUCCAUUCUGCUUCCCUCUUUUCAAGGUCCAGUGCGACAGUGCCACCUUCCCUUUCCCCCGCGACUCGCUUUCUGUCGGUCACGAAAACAUCCCCAUCUCUAGUAGCGGUCUCGACCCGCAUUCUAACAAACAGUCCCGCUUGCUGAUAUGGACCAAAAAUAGUGCCUUUGACGAAACGGAACACUGUUCUAACCUAUCGACGCGAACUUGUAGUCCGUGGUCCCAUUCGGAGGAGACUCGGUCGGACAAUGAACAGGGAUAUGCUCUAGCAGAGGACGCUGCUCAGAUUGGCCGAGACGAACCGGACCGAGUGAUCCCUCCUCUUUCGGGUACAUAUCUAGAAGAUGAACUAUUGGAGUUUUUGCAAGAGGACUCAAGCAAAAAGAAUGAAAAAAUUUGCGUUAGCACAGCACCCAAUCAGACCUUUACCAAAAAGUCCAAAUUGGAGUCCGUUUGCGGCAUAGCGCUAGAGAAGGACGACGGCAAACAGUACAGCACAGACAUGUUUUCAGACAACGCAAACCAACAGAGUGACGAUUACAGCUCAGGGAUCAUAAAAGACAUUUGGACCGCAAUCGGAGACAGGAAAUCUGCCGCGUCAAAAGACGGAGCAGAAAAGCCAAGCGAGGGACUCUUUUCAGACGAGUCGGGCACUUGCUGUUGCCGGUGUCCAGAGGUCCAGGCAAAAGGCGUUCCGGUUCAGGGGCCUCAGAAAAAAGCUGUGCAGCGAUCAGAGUAUCGGCUCUGGGAAGGCAAGAAAGACGAACAGGACUUAGCCAAAAACAAACUCUCCAAAGUAGAUGCCGCUGGGGAUUACAUGACUCCGUCCAAGCCUUGGGACUUGAACUCUGACAAGGAAAGUACAUCGUUCAUCCUUGGAGGGGUGUAUGGAGAGUUGAAAACACUAAGCGGCGAUAAGAACUGGGCCGUCGUGCCACCGAGUGAUACUCAAGAGAGCUUGCUACAGUGCACCACUGCGGCCACUUCCAGCUCAGACAUGCUCACCAUCACUGGCAGAGAUGUGUUCAUGAACGCAGGCAGCUGCUUCGCGCCCGGACACCGGCCCCUAUGGAGGCCCCUCGUUUCAUUCGGGCAGAGCGAUCAGGCCAUCAGGGGAGGCGGUGAUGGAUUGAAUAAGGGAUUUUCUUUGAUCUUCCAUGAAGAUUUGCUUGGAUCUUACAGCAGCUUGCGUAGAGACGAGCAAGAUUUAGAAUAUCCGUUUGCAUCCUUUAACCUGAAUAACCCCUUCUCUCAAGUCCUCCACGUCGAGUGUUCGUUUGAGCCUGAGGACAUGGCUACUUUCAGUCCGGGAUUCAAGCCCAAAUCCAUUCUUUGCUCUGAUUCCGAGAGUGAAGCCUUCCAAACUCGACUCUACGGCAUCAACCGGACGCAGUAUAGAGCCAUUCGCAUUUCACCCAGGACUCAUUUCCGACCAAUAUCAGCCUCAGAGUUGUCUCCAGUUGGAGUUAGCGACUCGGAGGCAGAGACUGACAAAGAGGAGAUGAGUUUUCCCGUAGUGGCGCCAGUGGACGUGUUUGAUGAUCCUCAGGCCGACCUCAAACCUCUGGAGGACGACGCAGAGUGUGAGGGGCCUUAUUACGGGAAGUCAGAACUGGAAUCUGGUAAAUUUUUACCCAGAUUAAAGAAGUCUGGCAUGGAGAAGAGCGCCCAGACUUCUUUGGAUUCACAAGAGGGUUCAAGCACGCUUCUGCCGAUUGCCGAGCAGGAGAGCGGCUUGAGCUGCAAAACAGCUGCGUCGAGCGCAGGCGGACAGGCGGAUGUGGACAGGACUCAACCGGAAGAAUCUUCAGAACCGAAGCAGUCCAAUUUAUGUUCACCAGCUGGUCAGAUCCCCAAGUAUGGGAUCGCCUACGACUAUGUUGGCGACAUGCCAGAGUUUCCUCUGUUAAAUAGAAGCGGGCAGGGAGGAAUGGGCGGCCAGCAAGACGAGUUCUGGUGGCAGAACACUAUUUGUUCACCCCUUUUCCCUGGAUCUCAGUGUACAGGGAGCAGCAACGUCUGACCUGUCCAGUUCAUCAGAGAGCAUCUUUCACCAAGAGAAGAGCUUCCUCUGUUCUUGGGACUGGACGUCUAACCAGCAAAAGAUUCAGGAAAAAAAACAACCCUAACGUAGGCUAAUAUCUGAGAAACGUCUCCAAAAAACCCCAACGCAUAACCCUGUUGGCUUUUCAUUUACUAACUUCAAAACAAAAACAAGAAGAAAAAAAAACUUGUGUAAUCAACAAUCAGAUCAACAAAAUGAGUGAAAAAAGAAAACUUU